CCCAAACAAAAUGAUGAGCCCAAACACAUGGUAUCGCACACACGCCCAUGACAUGCACCACUACUGUGUUGCUGCAUCCAUUUUGUCUCGAUAUGCACUGCCGUCCAUGUGUCACAGGAUGCUUGCGUGGAGCGAGAGGAUAGAACGGGAGAGGCAGGCUGCAACACGCAAGUCUACCAGCCUGCAGCGCUCGGCGUCUUCAAGUUUCGUUAAUGUCUUUAACAGCACUCCCUCCAACCUGAAGAUGUCUGCCUUCGAGGCUUCCCUCGGCCACGGUAAGGACGCAAAGGCGCGGCCGCCAAUCUACCGCCCGGAGAACAGUCUGAGGGGGCCGCGGUCACUGCUCGACCUGAUACUCGAAGAGAAGACAGCCACUCAGCCAAAGGCGGCGGAGAAGGCGACCUCAACUGUCGAGUGCCGUUUGCGGGAGGGAAGCCGCCUCAAGAGAGCUGUGGCACAGGGGAUGAUGGCCAAGAAAAGACCACCAGCCCCUCUGCCCAAGCUGAAUCUGGAUGACUUCCACCGUGGCUACGAGUCGAUGUCUCGCCCACAAACGGCACACAGGUGAGCGGUGGGAGGAGAGACACGGGCACUACCAUGCAGCGGCGCAUCGAUCUUACUGCUUGUACGUCUCAUGUCAGGGCUCUCAUUGCCCCCCGUGUGCAGAGGCCGCCAUCUGUCAACAAAGCAGACAUGUCGAAGGCCUCGGCCCGGACUCAGCGCAGCGACAGAAGCCGCCAGUCGGUACCGGCCAGCCUCUCAGCUGAGCUACAGCAGCUGGUAAAAGAAGAGGUGCGGAAGGCGAUUCGAGAGGUCGUCACGGACCGCAACAAGGCAAAGGAUGCAUGAAUUGUCAAAGACGGGCGGUUUUGUGUCAGUGAAAGGAAAGGGACUCCUGUGUGGCCAUCGCCACUCACCAUAUCAUCGCACAUCAAUAAAUACAUGUGUCCAC